AGUGAGGUUACGUCAGCCAAUGUGCUCUGUUUUUGUUUACACUUCGGACGAAAAAUAAGAGAAAAACCCCGGAAAAAUGUACUUGAUGUACUAUUUGAAUGAGAAAGGGGAGCGGAUCUACACCCUGAAUAAAUCCUCUCCGACAUCGUAUCCCACGCUGUCUGCUCACCCGGCACGCUUCUCACCGGAGGAUCAAUAUUCCCGGCACCGGAUAAUCAUAAAGAAGAGAUUCGGCUUGCUUCUCACGCAGCAACCGGAGCAAAUUUAUUAA